CCAGUGUUCCAGCAUGAGUGAGCGUGAGACUGAGGCACUUGAGGCUGAGCUCUCUUUCAUUCUCCUCUUGAACUAGAAAAACUCUUUUCUCUCUGUGUGGCUUUUAAUUCUUUUGAAUGAAAACCUCUCUCUUUUUUGCUGUGUGGCUGUUAGAGACCAAACUGUUCUUGCAAGCAGUGCCACGGGCACGGGUUUGGACGUGCUAAGGCUGCAAAAGAAUUUGAAGAGAAAGGAAGCACAAGCACCAACUAGAUCAGAAAAUACUUCUGUACUUUUACAAUGCAGUUGGAAGGAUGAGGCACCCUCCACGCUGCACAGCUGAAGGCAAACCUAUGCUGCCAGCUACUACUGCCGACUGCUGCAUCAGCAAGGAUUAAACUUGCUCAGAGGAGAUUCUGAUCAAGAAAUCAGAUUUUCUAGUGUCUGGAAGAGUCAGUAUGUUGGAUCAGAUUCAUCUGCUGGCUGCUGUGACAGUCCUGGGAGUCCUGGAGCAAGCCUACUUCUUCCUCCAGGUGAUCUAUGCUAGGAGGGCGUUUGGCAUUUCUCCUCCAAAGAUCUCAGGCCCACCUGAAUUUGAGAGGAUCUUUCGAGCACAGGUGAACUCCUCUGAGUAUUUUCCCAUUUUCCUAGCACUUCUGUGGCAGGCUGGACUCUUCUUCCAUCAAGGUCUGGCUGCAGCCUUGGGUCUGGUCUAUCUCUAUGCCCGCUACCGCUACUUCAUGGGAUACAAGGCAUCAUCCUCAGAAAGGCUUGCCCCGAUGUACUUCAGCACUGGUGUUCUUUGGAUUCUUGUUGCAGCAUCAGCCCUGGGCAUCCUGCAUUUCUUCCUCUCUCACUACAUGGGGCUGAACAUCCUCCACCUUCUCAAAGCGUGACUCACUGCUCUGUUCCUCAUCAGUGUCCUCGCCUUCAAGUCCUGCUGCCUCCUGUCCACAGUUACAGACUGCCUGCAACCAACACAGUUCCCAGUGACAAAUCCACCCUCACCUGAGUUUUUAACACCUCCCUCCUCGCUGCCAAGCACCAGCAUGAACUGCUGAGCUCUUCAGGAGGUAUUUUUCCCCUGUGGCACUCUAGGUGUCAAGUGCUCCAUAUCUGGCAGCUCCAUCAUGCCUGAUGCAGAAACAACAGUGCUCCAAAACAGGGGGAACUGUAGGAAAAACAGACACAUAAAUGCAAACUCAUCUCAGCUUGAGCUUCCCAGUGAGUUACCCUAUGGAACUGCCAUGUGUUCCCCUUCCUCCAGAGUCUCUGCCUCAGUCCGGGCACCAAACGGGGGUUCAUUCCAGUUUACUAAGUCUGACACCUAAGAAAGGCAUUUGUUUGCAACCGUAUGUGGGUUGAGGCAUAACAAAAGAGGUGAGGGAUAAACAGGAGCAGCCACCAACAUGUUGUGCAAAAGUCUGUUAGUGGCCUUAUAAUGGUUAUUAGUCACUGUCCAUGGGCAAUGCUGUAAAUCGGAGUGCACAAACUCCUAACCACUACUGCAUGUGCUACUUUGAAUACUGCUGAGCAACAACAUGCACAAAUAAAAAGGCACUGAGCUUGCUGUG